ACGAAAUUGAUGUAAAGCUAUAAACAGUACUCCAACAUCUUCAAUUCUUUGACUUGGCAAUUUCCACCUUCAAAAGGCGGGCGGCCAAAUACUCCCACGCUACGCACGGGUAGCAUGGUAACUUAAACCCUAAAAAAUAAAAUAAAACCACCAUUUGGAUAUGUUUUAAAACUUACUAGAUUUCACCAUGGAAGUGGAAAACAAUAACAACACGCAGCUACCUGCAAAUACAUCAGAAAAGUGUCCCGAGAAGAGAAAAGCUACCUUCGAUGACAAGCCACUGGAAAUCAAAAGACUAAAAGAGGACUGCUCCGAGGUGGAGACUACUUCUCGGCCUCCACCGCAGAGCCCAAAAAAGCGCUUGCAACUAGACGGAAAGACUCAAAACAACAGAACCAAGCGCAACAAAGAUCUUAAUUUCUUGUAUGGCAACUACAAGCACUACUACGGGAAGCGCAUACUGGAUAAGGACUUUCACGACAUACGCUUGGAUGUGCUGGGCACUCAGCCGGAGCUUUUCCGCGACAAGCAGUUGCUCGACAUCGGCUGUAAUUCAGGGCAUCUGUCAAUUGAAAUUUGCAAAAAGUUCAAUGCCAAGAGUCUCGUCGGCCUCGAUAUUGACCGCGGUCUUGUGAAGGAUGCUCAAAUGACCAUUAGCUCCUUGAAGCACCUGACGCCUCCAGGGUCUAGGUUUCCUUACAAUGUGAAAUUUUUGCAUGGCAACUAUGUCCUGGAUGACGAUGUACUACUAGAGAUAGAGCGCCCCCAGUUCGAUGUGAUAUUGUGUCUCUCAGUCACUAAGUGGAUUCACCUUAACUUCUGUGAUGCUGGCCUGAAGCAGGCUUUCCGCCGCAUGUUCUUGCAGCUGCGGCCGGACGGAAAACUCAUCCUAGAGCCUCAAUCUUUUGAUGGCUACAGGAGACGUAAAAAAAUAUCUGAGAACAUCAGAGAAAACUACAAUUCCAUCAAAUUUCGACCAGACCAAUUCCCUGAAUAUUUGCUCAGUCCAGAGGUAGGCUUUGCCAGUAUGGAGCUAAUGGGCAUACCUGAACACUGCAAAACUGGAUUCAAGCGACCCAUUCAAAUAUUUAAAAAAGUGUAGUAUUUUGAUGCCAACCGGAAUAAGCUCAAAUAAAAGGUGAUUGUAUAGUUUCCAGAAAAGCACUUCAUUAACAGGAGGAUUUUAGGUAAAGCUAUAUACAGAAAAUAAAUUUAGAUUCUUGAUUACAGAU